AUGAAUGAACUAUUUGAUACAGAACAGUCCAUUAAUUCUGAUGAAGCCAUCAAAUCAAUUUCAUGUAAAAAUCUUACUCCCAUUUUUCAUCGUAAUCUUGAUGAUCAAGGUACCUCAGUUCAUAAAAGAAUGAAUGCAAUUAAUAACAUGAUAUGUAAAUUCAAAGAAUCCUUGAUCUCUAAAGAUGAAGUAUUUACUCAAUCAUCUCCUUUUAAAUCUACCAAUCUUGUCUCAAGUCAAAAUGGAAUACUCUAAAGUGAAAUUCCAUCCUAAACUUAAGAUUUCUUUAAAUAACAUUAAGUACAUUUAGCUGAUUCACGUAAAAGACACAAUACUAAAGAUUCCAUAUAAUAAUUCUAAGAAAAACUAAUUAAACAAACUCAUAGAAACAGUCAACCAAAUUUAUAAGCUAAUAUUCUAUAAACUCGUAAACCAAAAAGAUAGAUUUAUGUCACAUAAAUAGUAAACGAUCAUUGUGAAAUAACAAGUUUUCCAUUCCCUAAACCAUAAAGAUUAUCUAGGAUUAUUUAAAAUAAUGAUGGAUUACAUUCAUAAAGAGCUAGCUCUACUUCUACUCCAAGAGGCAUACUUAAAUCUGGCUCUUUUGAAGUAUUAAGGAUUGGUAGUAGACCUAGUACUUAGAGUCUUAAUAGUCCUAUGUUAAGACCCUAAAAUAAAAAGGUUUCUUUUGAAUUUACGAGUGAGUAACUACGUAAAAUGAAAAAUAAUCGUGCAAGUUCAGAUCACAAUAAAUAUCAAAGAUUAAAAACUAAAUUAAAAAAAUGA